AUGCGCGUAAUGCAGGAGGUCAUCCGCAUCGAGCCCCGCGCCUCAUCUGCAUGGUCCGUCCUUGCGCAGUGUUAUGAAGACUUGAAUGAGCCGCAGAAGGCGUUGCAACUGCGCAUUAUGGCGGCGCACCUGACCCACGAUGCGGAGGAGUGGGAUCGACUAGUGAGGCAAUCGAUGGCCCUUGGAUACAACCAACAGGCGCUGUAUUGCUUCGGAAAGGUGUACAGCCUCGAUCCAAGCAACGUCAACGCGCUAUGGGAUCGGGCGACACUUGCAAAAGAUAUUGGAGAACUCAAAACGGCACGCCAAACGCUUCUUGCGAUAUUGAAACGCUUACCGCACCAUCUCAUUGUCCUGGACGAGCUCCGUCCCAUCCUGAUCGAGCUGUCCGACCUCGCCCUGUGCGCAUCUCUCUUUGGGGAUGCCUUCGCACAUUAUCAGGUUACAGUUCCGGCGGGUGUCGGAUAUGACGCCGAGCAGCAGCGAGAGGUUCCUGGCGGUGGAUUUGGCCUGAUGUAUCUGCUUGUCCUCGCCGACUUGUACAACACGCUUGGGGAGUAUGAGAAAGCCGUGGAGACUAUCAGGAAUGGGUGCCGCUGGCUGCAGGGAAGGGGGCAGCAGAAAUUUUGGGACGUUUGCGAUGAUGAUCGCGAGUACGAUACAACGGAGGGCAUGAGGGGCGCAGAAGGCGAACUUCAGCCGGGGAUGUACCCACUGGACGUCAAUGCGCGGCACAGGAAAGACGUCGCUGAGUACGCCCCGCUGUUCGCCGAAAUCGCGGAUGCAUGUUUUGAGCGUGGGCUAUAUGUCGAGGCAGGUCACAUUUAUGAGACCCUUGGGAGAGAUGCGGGGACGAGCAGUCUCUACGUACUUCUCCAAGCUGCGGCGUGCCGACGUAUGAUGGGCGAUAUCAAGGAAGCCGCCGAAGUAUACGAGCAUAUCAUUACCGCAGAUCCGACACACAACGAAGCCAAGAUGAAGCUUGCCGAAAUCUAUGAGAUUCUCAACGAGCCGCGAAAAGCUCUCGACUUAGUGCUACAGGUCAUUGAUUCCCGGAAAAAGCGGCCGCGUCAAGAAGUCACAGAGGGCGGUGAAACAGACGAUGCUUCUACUUCACUUUUCGAAGAGAAAGCCCGGGCCAAAGGGAAGAGUGCAUCCGCUAAAGCCGCGAACAAACUCACUCCAGCGCAGCUGCGAGAGCUUGAGGCGGUGAAGGAGCGUGAAGUCGUGCAGGGAUUCCACAGGAUUAAAGAGCUCUGGGCAGGCAUGCUCGCAGGCGAGGAGGCGGCAGAGCGAGAGUGGUUGGUCGAGGCGGAAAAGCUGGUCGAGUCGUUUAGGGAAACAAGGAACUUAUUUCUCACUACCAGGCAUUCAGGAUUCAGGGGGAUGUUCCCUAGAAGCUCCAGAAAGCAGACGGCGGAAGCGAGCGAAGAGAGUAUGGCGUCUCGCCUGCAGCUCGAGCUCGGGCGGGAUUCUAUUACGCGAAAAUCUAGGGCGGAAGGUGUCGACACCUUCCGCACGGUAUCAUUUGACGACUGGCUUCGGUUGUUCAUGCACUAUGCAUUCUUGCUCACGAAACGAAAUCAAUACGACCAAGCAAUUGAAGUUCUGCGCCAUAUCACUUAUUCGAACGCGUAUCAAAGUAGCGCUUCUCAGGACACGAUACGACUUGCGCUGAUAACUUGCGCCCUCCGUGCUGAUAAACACAUGACCGUGGUCGAGCAAGCACGGAAGCUCAUCAACGGACACCAGUUCAAUAAUGAAGCUCUUCGUAUACUAGUCGCUUCGCUAGGCGGCGGUUUGCAUGCGACAGAUGCCUUUCUGGCAUCGACCUUGACCAAACAUUUGCAGCGCGAACUCAAGCUCGCAGAUGCAGCAGUGAAGAACAAGGAUGUGCUCAAAUGGAACAAUACUCUGCAUCGAUAUGGUCUGGGCAGUGCUUCCUCGAAAGUAGACGCAGAUGACGUCGACGACGAAGAUGACAUUCCUGAUCUGUCAAAGAGCUACCGAAGUGCUCUCUUUUAUCUGUUGCAUGCCUAUGACUACUGCCCUGAUGAUCCUAUGAUUUGUCUUUGCGCGGCUAUCGCUUCGCUGGGGCGUGCAAUGCAGCGUCAGUCGGACAACCGUCAUCAUCUGAUCGCACAGGGGAUGGCAUUCCUUACUCGCUAUCGUACACUGCGUGGAUGUGAUGCCGUCGGAAUGGACGAGGUGGAAUUUAAUUUCGGACGGGCGUUCCAGCAGCUAGGUAUUAUGUGCCAUGAAAUGACGUCAUCAUCCGCACAGGACUGCAUUCUCUCGCUGUUCGCCAUUACGAACGAGUUUUGGAGAUCGCAGAGGAGAGGCUAA